UCUGUGACGUGAUGACAUUCCGUAUAGUGCGAAUCGACCUAAACUCACUUAGUACCUACUUGGACUUACAGCUUAAAAGAAUAUUAUUAUUUAAAAUUAGUAUUCAUAAAUCAAUUAAUAUAAAUAUUUUGAUUUAUUUUAAAUUGGGUAAUAAAGAUAUUUAAAUUAUUUUCGGCUGGUCAUAUUGUAUGCUUCUGAUAGUGCACUAUCACCUUUUCUGAUACGAAUUUGGUUGUGAUUCGUUAGACUCAUGAGCUUGAAUUUAAAUAUUGCCGGUUAAUAUUCACGAAGCUUUCAAUUAUAAUGAUCGAACCAGAACUGUUUAAUUUUAAACCAACCACAAAGAAACACAUGUAUGUAAAGAAAAGUUGGGAUAAAAUAAUAGAAAAUAUUGACGAAUAUGGACUGACUCACUCUAUGACUGUUGUUUUGCCUGACACUCUUUUCAUUCCGAACUAUGUUGAAAGUAUGUUUUCUGAAAAUGGUUAUUAUUAUUUAAUCAAAGAUGUCACUCUAUGUUCCUUAAUAGAUGAAGGAUUCAUUACAUCUUUUGUGAAAAAUGGUAAUGUUUAUGCAAUAUCUUUGGAUACUGAUCUUGAAGUCGAUGAUUGUAUUUCAAUUACAAACAAUAAUUUAUUAAGAAUGUCUUUAAUUGAAUCAUCUUACCAGAACAUAUGUUUACCAGUAAAAGAUUCAAAAAUUACAUUGGAUUUAAAAGAACUUAAAUUUAAUAGCAAAUAUUUUCAGCGUAUUAAAGAGUGUUUUCAACGGUUUCCAAUAAAAUUUGACUUGCUUAUUUGUUGGGAAUCUAAUGAUGAUAAUGUGUGUCCUUCAUCAAUAGCUUCAUACUUUAACAAAAAAGGAUUUAAAUGUCAGGAAUGUUUUCCUCGAUCAACGACAACUAGAAAAUAUAAUAUAACUAUACCUACAGGCAAGGAUACAACACUUCUUGAUACAUGGUUGUCAUACUAUUGUUUAGGUAUAAAAAUUGAUGAUGGAGAACCUUGUAUAUUACCCAACGGAAAAUUAACAAAAUCAGAUUCUCACAAUGUUGGUCAAGUUACUCAAAUUAUCUGGACUGGAUUUUUUAAUAAUGAUAAAGUAAAACUCUUAUUUGAAACGUUUAGAAACUUUAUGGAAAAAGAAGGAAAAUCAUAUUGGAUAGCAAUACAUUUGGAGCCUUUUUUAAACUCUCCUUAUCCUUGUGUUCAUCGAACAUUUUUGUUGAAUCCUGAAGAUCAAUAUUAUGUUUCUUAUUGUACGAAUAGCAAAAAAUGUUAAAUUUGAAUUUAUUAAAUAGGUAAUAGACGUCUUUAUUAGUCUGAUAUCAUUGUACAUAUUAUCAUGAAAUAAAAAUUGAUGUUUUUUGAUAGUGGUAUUUUGAUUUUUGAUAACUGUUAUCAAAUGUGUUUAAAAUAAAACGUAUGGAUUCGUGUACAAAUUUAUUGUGGUUAAA